GUGGGAAAGACUGUAUUGAUUAUGGAGCUGAUCAACAACGUGGCCAAGGCUCAUGGUGGUUACUCCGUGUUCGCUGGUGUAGGAGAGAGAACCCGUGAGGGAAACGAUCUCUACCAUGAGAUGAUCGAGUCUGGUGUCAUCAACCUGAAGGACACCACCUCAAAGGUGGCUCUGGUGUACGGACAGAUGAACGAGCCCCCAGGUGCCCGUGCUCGUGUGGCUCUGACUGGACUGACCGUUGCUGAAUAUUUCCGUGACCAGGAGGGGCAGGAUGUGCUGCUAUUCAUUGACAACAUUUUCCGCUUCACCCAGGCUGGAUCGGAGGUGUCUGCCCUGCUGGGCCGUAUCCCCUCUGCUGUGGGUUAUCAGCCAACUCUGGCCACUGACAUGGGUACCAUGCAGGAAAGAAUCACCACAACCAAGAAGGGUUCGAUCACAUCUGUGCAGGCCAUCUAUGUGCCUGCUGAUGACUUGACUGAUCCUGCCCCUGCCACCACUUUCGCUCACUUGGAUGCCACCACCGUGUUGUCUCGUGCUAUUGCUGAGCUGGGCAUCUACCCCGCUGUGGACCCACUGGACUCCACUUCCCGUAUCAUGGACCCCAACAUUGUGGGAUCUGAGCAUUAUGACAUAGCCCGUGGCGUCCAGAAGAUCCUCCAGGACUACAAGUCCCUGCAGGAUAUCAUUGCUAUUCUGGGUAUGGAUGAGUUGUCUGAGGAGGACAAACUGACUGUGGCUCGUGCACGUAAGAUCCAGAGGUUCCUGUCCCAGCCCUUCCAAGUCGCUGAGGUCUUCACUGGACACUUGGGCAAGCUGGUGCCCCUGAAAGACACCAUCAAAGGCUUCAAGGCCAUUCUUGGUGGUGAGUAUGACGCUUUGCCUGAGCAGGCCUUCUACAUGGUGGGCCCCAUCGAGGAGGUUGUCCAGAAGGCAGAGAAGCUGGCUGAGGAGCAUUCGUAAAUGAGUCGGUUUAAACGUGUCAGGGUGGGUUGAAUGAAAGGGAGGAGCACUUGGUUUGUAACGUCACAUUCAAAAACAAAUUGUAUCUUUAUUGCUUGGACAUUCUGAAGUUCUAUUUAAUGUUUUCAAUUUAUGAUGGAAAUAAAACUGUCUUAACGUGAACCAUU